AGUCUCUGCAGGGAGCAUGAUCAUCUGUCUCGGACCCAUCUGCUUUCCCAUCUGGCACAUUCUACCAGUCCUCUUCCUGCUCUUCGCAAAAGCAAGAUCCGUCUUCUGUUGGCUGUUCGGGUACCCCCAGCCUGGAGCGGAGGAAGGCAAGGACAAGAUCGAAGGAGGAGACGAGGAUAAGAAUGUGGACGGGGCUGUUAAAGCUGAGGAGGACGGAGGGAACGAUACAGGUUUGCGGCAGCGGAAGAAGAACCCUGAGGUGCUCAAGGUUGAGUCCACGGAACACUGGGAGCGCCUGCUCAAGGAGUCCAAGGACAUGUGCGAGCCCCUCGUCGUCGACUUCACCGCGCGGUGGUGCAAGCCCUGCAAGCAGGUGGCCCCGUUCUUCGAGGAGCUCAACAAGAAGCACCGAGGCAUCUUCGUGAGUGUCGAUGUUGACGACCUGGACGCUGUGGCUGCGGAGGCUGGAGUGACGGCCAUGCCGACGUUUCAAGUCUACAAGAGGGGGAAGAAGGUGAAGGAGGUAACGGGAGCGUUCAAAGAGGACCUGGAGAACCUCGUUGUCUCCCAGUGCACCUGAAGGUCCGGCCAGGGGAAGCGAUCUCGAUGCUGCUGUCAUUUCUCGGGCAGGAGGAGGAAGAGAGCAGCGGAGACAAGGAGCCUGAUGGACACGCAGCCUCCCCCGUAGGGUGUGACCAACAUGUAAAACUCUCAACUUGUAAUCAAUGAAUCGUAAACCAGU